CCAUUUCCACCCAGGAAAUCGAUCACAGGACGGGUCGUCCACAUCUGCAACCUCCCCGAGGGCAGCUGCACAGAGAAUGAUGUCAUCAACCUGGGACUGCCCUUCGGCAAAGUCACCAACUACAUCCUCAUGCGCUCUACCCACCAGGUACAGUACAAUGUUAUUCUCUUUAAACAUGGGUGCACAACUCUAGUCCCAGAAGGGCCAAAAUGUGAGCUCGUUUUUGGUCUUACCUGAUGAUUAUUAAAAGAUGAAUUAAACGAUUAACUUAACGACUGAGACCUAUCCCGACAGACUCCUCACAGUGAGCCCUAGUCAUUGGAAAUGCCUCAAAGAACAAACCUGUGGUUUCGCUUGACCCUCACAGCUACUGCCAUUAGCCCUGUGGGAUAUCACUGCAGAACAAAUACUCACUAAUGUAUACGGCUCCACUAAGGAGUCAACUCACACUUCAAUUAACUGACAUGGAGAAAUGGAAACCAAAGGACGUGUGGCCCUUUGUAACGUCUUGAAAUAACCCUCGGUUGCUAUGGACCAGAUACACCAUUUCCCCCCUCACAAAUGUCUACAGCUCUACUGUGGAGUCUAGUCACAAUAUUGGUCACAGAUAUUUUUUGGGAGAAAAAAGUAAUUGCCCUUGACAACUGGAGCAGUUCCCUAAUGUCUUGAAAUACCCCUGUAUUGCUAUGGACCAGAUGGAUUGUUUCCCCUUCAUAUUAUCUUGUAAUACGAUAAGAUGCCUUUUUCUCUGACGGUUUCAUGGACCAUUUUAUAUUGUAAUGUGAUAAUGAUGUAUUUUUUCCUACGGUCCAUCCAACUAUUUUAUCACAGAACAUGAUGUCUCACUCAAGUCUCUAGAAUUUCAUUUAUCAGAUACUGUAUUAAAUUGACUCAUUAAUGUCACCCAGAUCACAUUCAAGGGGAUCGACGAUACUAAAAUCAUGGGUGUUGGUUACCCACAACUUAAUUUGAGCAGAUUGUAACUGUCUUUUUGAUUUAUGAUGCCAAUGAAAUAUGAUAACCUGGCUGUGAUUUUAGAAGAUUUGCUCGGACCUUGAUUGACAUAUGUUAUUGCAAAAAUGUUAUUUGAAAAAAGGACAUUAAACUGUCAGAAACAAUUGUCUAACAUUGGUGUCUUUCUCUCAUUCCACUCAACUGCAGUUGUGCCCUUGAGCAAGGCACUUAAGCGCUCAAAUCUGCAUGGGGCAUUGCAGCCUGCACUGUGAAUACCCUCUUCUCCAACAUCCCCAACCUGUGUGUGUUUGUAUGUCUUUAGAAGGGGUUGGGAUAAAGUAAGACACUGUAAGGGAAAAUGGAUCAAUAAAGUAUUCUUCUUUUACUCCACAGGCAUUUGUGGAGAUGGCGUACAUUGAGGCGGCUCAGGCUAUGGUUCAAUACUACCAGCUGACUCCAGCCACGAUCAACGAUCAGAAACUACUGAUCAGGAUGUCCAAGAGAUACAUGGAGCUUCAGCUCAAGGUGAGUAGCUCACACCGACCGACAGUUGUAUUGUGUUCACAUUGUGGUGUUGAAAUGUUGAUUUUAGUUUUUAUUUAGCGCACACCAACUAUAUACUGUAUCUACUGUACAGUAUCAUAUUAUGGUGUAAAAUGCUCAUUUGAGUUUCUCUUCUGCCCUGUUCAUACAGAAACCAGGUAAAGACGUUGAUUCAAUCAUACAGGAUAUCAACUCUCAGAGGGAAAGGGACGAGAUGCAGGAGAUUGAUCAGUAAGGCAACUUUUUUCUUUCUUUCCUUUACAUUUUCUGAGUGGCGUUUUUUUUUUGUAAUAUGCGAUUGUCUUUGCAUGAUCGAUCCCCUGUAGAAAACGACAAAAACUGGAUGAAAUUAUCCAACACUACUUCCUGACUACAAACUGCAUAUUAAUGAUAUGAUUUCCUUUCAGCUACAUGCCAGAGAGAGCGCGGUCCCGUAGUCCCAUCAGCCGCUCUCUGAGCCCUCGCUCCCACAGCCCCAGCUUUACCUCCUGUAGUUCAGCCCACAGCCCCCAGGGGGCACCCUGCCGAGGAGGCCCGGAACGGGGCUCCUGGACCACCCAACACAUGAGAAGGGGGGAGGAGGUCAGAGAACGAGAGAGGGAAAGGGAGGAGGUGCCAUGGAGGAACGGAGGUACAGUGGAUGACGACAGGCUGAACGGGAGGAUGCAGGAUCGACGGAAUAAGCCGUACCUGAAACCCUCCGACCGAGACCGGAUCAGUCCCAGAUCAGCGGAGGAAAGAGGAGGAGGAGGAGGGGAGGGGAUGAGGGGGGGAAACAGGGGGGGAGACUGGUACCCCCACCCGCGGGGUAGCCCUCAGGGCAUGCCCCCCUUCCCUUCGUACAGGAACAUGGAUGAGGUCUUCUACAAAAAAGAACAAAUGUAUAAGUCAGAGAAGCCCCUGAGGCAACAGUACCAAAGACAUGAGGAGGGGAGACUCAAGUCGAAGAGGAGGGACGGAGCGGACUACCACAGAUCCAGACACUCAGAGUCAGAGCUGGGAGAGGAGUUUCUACCCACCAGGACAGGAGAAGACAGGAGGCAGACAGAAGGGUCCCCGACACAGGGAAGGAGCAAGAAACCCACCAGGAGACACGGGACGGAGAAACCGGAAAGAGAGACUACUGAAAAUAACGUAAGUGAGAGGAUUUUUUGUACACAAGUAAGAUUUAUAUAUACAUUUGAAGUUGGACAGUAUAUCUUAUUUACAAACAAAUGCCAUAUCAUUACAGGGAGAACCGCUGAGUAUCAGCAAUCCAAAGAGAAGUCUGUUUCUCCUCAAGGAAGUGGCAAGCAUGAGAGAGAAGAAGACAGCGAGGCGGAGGAGUGGGAGAGUGGGGACGACGCGGAGGGUGAGGGCUGGUACCCCAAGAACAUGGAGGACCUGGUCACAGUCGACGAGGUAGGAGAGGACGACUCCAUCAUCGAACCGGACCUCCCUGAACUGCAGGAGCACGAGGACGUGUCAGCCUCAGACCUCCACAACGAUCCUACAGAGGAGGAGGAGGAGGACGUGGGGGAGGCUCCACGAUCAACCUCCACCCCCAGUCCCAGGCCCUGCGCUGAGAAGGAGUUAGCCCAGAGAGACGAUACCCAGUCGGGCAGAGGAGGUGGGGUAGGUAGGGUGGUGGAUCCUAUUCCUACAGAGGAGAAAGAUGGGGAGAUUAGCACAAACCCCAGCCCCACAGACCAUUCACUGCCACAGUCACAGCCACAGUCACAGCCACAGUCACUGCCACAGUCACAGCCACAGUCACAGCCACAGUCACAGCCACAGCCACAGCCACAGUCACAGUCACAGUCACAGCCACAGCCACAGUCACAGCCACAGUCACAGUCACAGUCGCAGCCACAGUCACAGCCACAGUCACAGCCACAGUCACAGCCACAGUCACACCCACAGUCACAGUCACAGUCGCAGCCACAGCCACAGUCACAGCGACAGUCACAGCCACAGUCACAGUCACAGCCACAGCCACAGUCACAGCCACAGUCACAGCCACAGUCACAGCUACCCAUCCCAGUAGCCUCAGAACAGCUCAGUUCAGACCUGAAUGAUUUCCCCAACCCGGAGUUCAAGGCAGCCCUGGAAGAGACGUGCUCGAACUUGGAAGCUGAAGUACUGAAGAGAGGAGAGCCGAAGCAGGAGCUGACGCUGACCAAUCACGUUGGUGCGUGUGAAAGCAGCAAGACCCAGGAUGUAAUACACAAGAUGGAGGACGUGGGGAGGGAAGUACCGGUCAUGGAGCCAGACAUACAGCAGCACAAGGCUGAGACUCCUAGAGGUACAGAACAUUUGCUCUCACUAUAAAAUAAUAUGUCCAGUAUUUUACUUCCUGCUAAAAUAAGCCAGUAUCGGGAUUCUGAAUCGUCAUCCAUGUUUCCUGUUUACUAUUGUACAGAUUUUAUAGGUAACUAAUGUUCACUUCUCUUUCACAGUAAUCCAGAAUUCAACACAUGUCCCAUGUCCUAUAAACCUGAUAGACAUAGGGGCUCCCUCACCUUCUAGAGGGCAGAAGGCUAUCAGUGAACACAGCAUCCCUCUGGGUAUGGACCAAAUUACUUUUAUUUACAUAAAGUAUUGUUGUUGUUGUUUGUUGUUGUUGUAUGCUAUCUGCAAUGUGACUUUAAGCCGAGUAACAAUUGCCCCUUGGCCUUGGGGACAAAUAAAGCUUAUUGAAUAUAAUAUGAUUAUGAAUCAACAACCUGUUAUACCGAUGCUAUCUUUGCCUGGAGUGAAAGAGCGCAUGUGGUAGCUUCAGCUGGCCACUUGUUGAGAGCAAGGUGUUAAACGCACCCCUGAGAUGUGUGUAUUUAGGCCUGGAAUGACAUAGGCACAUGCAACACAUGGACUACUGUGCCUUGCAUAAGUGUUGGUCAACGCUAAAACACUGUAUAGACUCAAUACUGUAGCUGCUUUCACCAUGGGCUAUUGUGCUAUUUCUAUCACAUGAGUGCACUAUGAUGGCCUUUGAGUGUGUGAGUGUGUGUGUGUGUGUGUGUGUGUGUGUGUUUCAUAGCCAAAUGCUGCAGUCAUUGAUAGCAUGGCUGAGAUAGAUUCACAAUUGAGUAGUGUCUAGCUGUGGUGUUGUGUUCUCCCAUGAGAGAGACAGUGACAGUACAGCUGAUAACUUCCCCUCUGUCACACUGACAACAAGGCAACUGAUGAGGGGUGGAGGGGCCAUGCACCUGCUGACUUUCAUCCUAGCUGCCUUUGAAAAUGGGUCUGUUUCAGACCUGGGAUUUAGCCCUGUGUGACCUCUCCAGCCAAUCAGUUCCAUUGGUAACACUACAUUACGUUACUCUAGUACCUGUGUAGUAACACUGUAAUCACAUUUGUAACAACUUUUAUUAACAGUUCUAGAGCUACAUGGGCUGUGUUCUGAUUGGUCUGAUGCUGUUCUAUGGUCGGGGGGUUCUCUUCUCUAAUUGGUCUGCGGCUGUUCUAGGGGUACAUGUUCUGUUCUCUGAUUGGUAUGUCGCUGUUCUAAAGGAGUUUUAGCGGUUUUCUGAUUAGUGUGUUGCCGUUCUAGGGGUGGAGUUCAUCGUGCCCAGUACGGGGUUCUACUGCAAACUGUGUGGCCUGUUCUACACCAGCGAGGAGACAGCCAAGGCCUCUCACUGUCGCAGUGCUGUCCACUACAGGAACCUUCAGGUACAGUAA